UGUUGUGCGUUCUGUACCCUUCGAAAGGUUCGUCGGUUGCAACGUCGGAAAGCGAGCCCAGAGAUCGUAUCAUCGGGGCAUCCUCUCGCGACAGGACAUCGGCGGUGUCCGGUUGGCUGCUUUUAUGAUCUCGUAGCGCGGUCGCGGUGCGCGGUUGUGCGAAUCACGGCGUGAGCAACACCGAGAGAAGCAACAGAGCGGCGUCCGUCGACGCGCGUCUUCGAAGGGGUGCAAAGGAGAAUGAGUCAAGCGGACCAGGACAAAAGCAUGGACAAGAAGGAGAUCGCCGAGGAGGAGAGGGAAAAGAUGCUGAACGCCGAGAACACGAAGCACACCGGUGCCGCACCUGCGCCCGAUCUCGAGUCCGAGGAGCAGAAGCCCAAGAAGAAGAUACCGAUCGGCGGCAUCAAGAUGCCCGGAUUCUGCCGCACCAAGAGCAAAGAGCCGUGCAAGGACGACGAGACGAAGCCGACGGAGGCCACCGACGCGGAAUCAGCUCCGGUGGUGACGAAGGAGAAGGAGCAGGAUAACGCUCCGUCCGCGGAGAAGCUCACCACACCCGCGAAGGAAUCUAAAGAGAAGGAGGGGCGAAAGGGCAUCUUCAACGCUAUACGUAUACCCUUGGUGUCGUCCGUGUUCUCUAAGAAGAGGAAGGAAGCCGAUUCCGAGUUGGGGCAGACCGGCGCCGCUGGAUUAGCGAGUGUCGAGACGCUCGACGAUGCCGCCAAUGAGAGAAAUCCCAUAGCCUGCGACGACGGCAUGGAAACGGUGCGACUCGACAUAGAAGGUGCCGAUGGCGCCGAACCUCCCCCCCAGCAUCCUUUGGUUGCCUUCGUGUCCGCGGUCAAGCGAAACCGACCUUACUUAGUUGCGGGGAUCAUAAUCCUGCUCAUCGUCAUCACCUGCAUCGUCUGCGUCCUGCCGAAGGAGGCUCGUCCUCAGCAACCGCUGACGAACGGCAAGUACAUCGACGCGGUGACGUGGUGCGGACCGGUGCAGGGUGUCCUGGAGGACGGUGGCUUCGCGUUCCGCGGGAUCCCGUACGCGUUGCCGCCGAUCAACAACCGCCGGUGGCAGCUGGCCGAGCCGGUGCGCCGGCUCGAGCACUGCUGGAACGGCACUCGCUUGGCACACGAGCCCUCCGAGGUGUGUUGGCAACGCCAGUCCUCCGGCCUGGUAACCGGCACCGAGGACUGUCUCUACCUCGACGUGUACACACCGGCGGUCCGUUACGACUCCCCGUUGCCUGUGGUGGUCAUGAUCGGUGCGGAGACCCUGAGCGGCGGCUCGCCCGGAAUAAUGCAGCCCUCGGCGAAGCUGUCGCGCGUGCGUGACAUCGUGUUCGUGCGGCCGAACUUCCGGAUGGGAAUCUUCGGAUUUUUGGCGGCCGGGCCUCUCUCCAGAGCGUCUUACCCGCCGACCUCGGGUAACUACGGACUGUCGGACAUCAUAGCGGCCCUUCAGUGGGUGCAGUUGAACAUCGAGAACUUCGGCGGCAACAAGUCGGCGGUGACGCUGUGGGGCCACAGAGCGGGCGGCACCCUCGUGACGACGCUGGUCGGCGCUCGUCGCUCCAAGGGUCUCUUCUCGAGGGCGUGGAUCUCCAGCGGCAGCGCGAUCUUCCCGGGCAAGGAGCUGGAGAGGUCCGAGAACAUCACUAAACCGUUCCUGAGCGCGCUCCGAUGCGCAGACGCCACUUGCAUGAGAAGCAAGACGGCCGAGGAGGUGAUGGACGCCGUGCCGGAGACGUGGUACACGAAUACCGUCGGUCUGCCGGGCACGAAGGAGGUCAGCGAGAGAGUAAACCGUCACGAAUGGCUCAUCCUGGACGGCAUAAUUCUCCAGGAACACGUCGGCCAGAUCUGGGCGAGGGAAAACAAUCUGGUAAAGAUGGUGAUAGGGACCACCGCGCACGCGGGCGCGCCCCAGCAAUACAUGCAGCCCAACGUUACUCUCGGCGCGUCGCAGGUCGAGAAAAUCAUACGGGAAUCCCUGCUCGGCACCAGCGGCGUGGCCGCCGAAGCCCUCAAACUUUACGACACCACGCUGAAGGGACUGGUCACUAUGAUCUCGGACAUCCGCGUGGUGUGCCCGCUGUUCACCAUCGCCAGGAUGAAGACCAACAUACCGUUUUACGUGGCCACUCAGCCGCGCAACAGACACCUGGCCGACGCCGAUAGCGACGCCGCUGCCAUUUUGGGCACUUACGCAGCCAUUACGCCCGAGGAGAAGAGACACGUGUCGGCUAUGCAACAAUUGUUUAAUUAUUACGUAUGGCAUAACGAAGUGCCGCAGGCCGAUCGGUCGGGCGCGAAUCGAGUCCUGGUGGUCGGCCAGGACACUCUGCCGGCGAGCAAUUAUUCACACUGCGACUUCUGGAUAAAGUCGGACAUCGUACCUAUGUAUGGUCGGGUCGACUAAGAGCGACCCCACGUCUCGUUGCUGUGCUCUCGUUGCUGGUAGGAUUCCGCGUUCAGGCUCGAUCCGAGACACAAUCCCGGAGAAGACACCACGCUCCGGGCUGUAACGCGGUCCGUUGCCCGUUUGAAUCUCCGUGGUACGGGAAUUUCCACGGCACAGGUAUGUACUUCGACUACUUAAGUAGAAUCGAUAAUCGACGAGUGUUCUCUACGAGAUAUACACCCUGUUGAGAAAAGGGCAGGUGGGAAUCCAUGUAAAAAAUCCAUAUGUGGAAGGAAUCCUGUGAAUUCCUACACUGAGAAGCUCAUUCGGUUGACUUAAACUAAAUUCUCGUUUGGAUAUGGUUUCAAAUAAAUAUUUUGUAGCCCUCUCCAAAAUUCUCAAUAUUUUUUUUUAAUUAGCUAAUGAGCGAGAGA